UUGUCAAUGGCAGAAGGCGAGAGGCUGAGGAGGCCGGCGGGCCGGAGGGAGGGGACUCCUUCACCAGAAGAGAUGUGCUUCGCACCCACGGCGGCGCCCAGAUGAACCUCGUGUCGAUGGCGGCCGUGGCGGCGGCAGAGCCGGAGCUGAAAUGGCUGUCGCUGUGGCUCCGGGUCCGGUGGGCAGCCAUGCUGGUGGUCCCAUUGGCCUCGCUGCUGCUGCUGCUCCCGCUGACCUCGGUCGAAGAGCAGUGCCAGGCUGUCCUCAAAGGCCUCUCCUUCCUGAAGGGCAGGCUGGGGCUGGGCUACGUGGGCAUCGCCACCUACCCGGGGCAGACGACCAGCCUCAGCGUGACUUCGGCUGGAUUGGAGCUGCUGGUGCUGAAGCCCAAAGCCCCCCCAGAGGUCCGGCUGGAAGCCCGAGCAGCGCUGAACCAAGCCCUGGAGAUGAAGAGGCACGGGAAGCGGGAGAAGGCCCACAAGCUCUUCCUGCAUGCCCUCAACAUGGAUCCGGACUACGUGGACGCCUUGACGGAGUUCGGCCUCUUCUCCGAAGAGGAGAAGGACAUCCUGCAGGCCGACUACCUGUACUCCAAGGCCCUCACCAUCGCUCCCCGGAAUGAGAAGGCUCUGAUCAGCCGUGACCGGACACUGCCCCUGGUGGAGGAGAUCGACCAGCGGUACUUCAGCAUCAUCGACAGCAAGGUCCAAAAAGUGAUGUCCAUCCCGAAAGGCAACUCCGCCCUUCGCCGGGUGAUGGAGGAGUCUUACUACCACCACAUCUACCACACGGUGGCCAUCGAAGGGAACACUCUCACCCUUUCGGAAAUACGACACGUCCUCGAGACCCGCUAUGCCGUUCCCGGGAAGAGCCUGGUGGAACAAAACGAGGUCAUCGGCAUGCACGCCGCCAUGAAGUACGUCAACACCACGCUGGUCUCUCGGAUAGGGUCCGUGACCCUCAACGAUCUUUUGGAGAUCCACCGGAGGGUGCUGGGGUACGUGGACCCGGUGGAGGCUGGGCGGUUUAGGACUACCCAGGUGUUUGUGGGGCAUCACAUCCCGCCCCACCCGCGGGACAUGGAGAAGCAGAUGCUGGAGUUUGUGCAGUGGAUCAACUCCGAGGACGCCAUGAGCUUGCACCCGGUCGAGUUUGCCGCCUUGGCCCAUUACAAGCUCGUGUACAUCCACCCCUUUGUCGACGGGAACGGGAGGACCUCCCGUCUCUUGAUGAACCUCAUCCUCAUGCAGGCCGGCUACCCGCCGGUCACCAUCCGCAAGGAACAGCGGGGGGAGUACUACCACGUCCUGGAGGUGGCCAACGAAGGAGACGUCAGACCGUUCAUCCGCUUCAUUGCCAAAUGUACCGAAACCACCUUAGACAUGUUGCUCAUCGCCACCACCGAGUAUUCCGUGGCCCUGCCAGAAGCCCACGGCAGCACCACGGACUGCAAGCAAACCAUUUCGGUGAAAACCUGGCCGUGAACGCCGGCAGGGGACGGACGUGAUGAGGAACGGUCCACGCAUCCAACCAUCUCAAGGGAAGAGGGCAGCAGAGGCACUUUAAGCUUUUUGGGUUUAUUUAAAGGAGAUUAAGUUAAACCUUCUGUACAGGAAUAUCUUAAAAUAUUUGUUAUCCCGUUGCGUCAGGCCAAAUGCGAAA